GCGUGUGCGUGCGUGUGUGUGUGCGUGCGUGCGUACGUGUGUGUGCGUGCGUGUGUGUGCGUGCGUGUGCGUGCGUGUGUGUGCGCGUGCGUGUGUGUGCGUGCGUGUGCGUGCGUGUGUGUGUGUGCAUGUGUGUGUGUGCAUGUGUCUGAGAAAGAAAGAUCUUGUUAGGUGAUUAAUGGUGGACACUCCAAGGCUGAUUCAGCAGGGUCACUGAUAACACACGCACACACACACACACACACACACACUCACAUUGUACAGUGUCAUGUUACACACAGAAGGUGAUUUGUGGUGCUGCGUGUAAAUGUAGCACACUGACGCGAAUAAGCAAGUAAAUCUAUAUAUUAUAUAAUAACACCAGAGUGAACACUGUGUGACGAGAGGGAUGAAGGACACCGUGUGUGUGUGUGUGUGUGUGUGCGCGAGAGAGACUAAUGAGAUUUACCUUUGUUAAAGUGUUUAGAACAUUAAUCUGAGCAACGCACAGACACACACACACACACACAGUCAGGAUGGAGGCUGUGAUGAUGAAGUCCCUCCUUGCUCCCUUCAGGAAGUUCACUAGCUACAUUACAGAAACACUGCAGAAGGACAUCUGGGGGUCUGAAGGUCAAAGGUCAAAGCUGAUGGAUCACAACCCCAAUGUGCCGCGAGCCUACCAGUCCGAGCAGGAGAGAGAGCGGAAGCUACGUGAGGCCAGGAACAUGGAGAAAAACGCAGAGAGAGCAGCAAUGAGAGCUCAUUUCAGGAGGAAAUAUCAGCUCCCUACAAAUGCUGAAGAUUCGAGGCGUGUACGAGCCGCAGUUGGGAAAGUGGUCAUCCCCCGCCACCUGACCAAAAUGGUACAGUCCGAGACUGCACAGAAGGAAAAGUCUGGUUUACUGAGUGUGUUUCAGAACCUGAGCUUCAGUGCAGACUUUACACACAAGACACAACGCAACACGCAAUACACAAAGGCUAAGUGCACAUAGCUGAGUGAAGUCACGUGAUACAAACACACUACACUACAGUUGUUCUGUCAUCUUUUAAUUUGUCGAAAUGUUAUUUUAUAAAUUUCUGUUUGCUGUCAUAAGAAAAGGUUUUAGUGCUUUUUGUUGUUGUUUGAAUUUUUUCUAGAUUACAUGUUUUAUGAUGAAUGCACGAUGCAAGCUAUAUUUUACUCCGCAGUAAGGUUUUAGCGCUACACUGUUCCUGUUCUGCUCCCAGGAAACUGUCAACUGCUUUUCUGAUGAUUUCAGUCGAGGACAAAGUGCUGCACUUUUGUAGCAUCUGAUGCUACGUUCUACUGAAGCUAUCCCUAGUGUGAAUUUAUAAACCAGUUGUCUAGCUGAAGAUUGGAAUCCUAAAUCAGAUUUACGCAUGUUCAUGACAAACUUUAAAAGAUUUCAUUAGUCACUGAAUGAAUAUGUGAUCAGUUGUGGCUUGUACAUAGACUAAGUCAUAUACAUUUUUUAAAAAUAGAAAAGUAAAAUAGCCAAAGCAGCAAAAGAAUGAAGGAAGAACUUAACAUCGUCACAAAAAUCACUUAGUCUUAUAUUAUUCGGUUUAUUUAGGAUUCAGUAAUUAGGCUAAAGAAAGUUAUAAGAAAAAGUGCUGACAUUCUUAACUGUGAUACUUUUCUGUUAAUUGUGAAACUCACAGGUAUAAAACACACAUGGCAGUAAAAUAAAGUGAAAUAAUUCUAGCAGCUGGUGUGAUUUGUGUAAUAAUUU